AUGUCAGCAACAUGUAAAGUAGGAGACAACCUAAGCUUAACCGAUAAAACCAACCAACCCUUUUCACCUCCUCCGCCUAUACACACCCAAAAAUGUCCUGCCAAUUCAGUGAAGAUGCUGGUCUCAGAGCUAAGAGUUCAACGAGGAAUAGCCCUUCCAAUGGUGGCCAUGAAUUUGGCUUGGUUUGCCAAGACAGCCAUCACAACAGCCUUUUUAGGCCGUCUUGGGGAGCUUAGUUUAGCAGGUGGAACUCUUGGCUUCACUUUUGCUAAUGUGACUGGCUUCUCUGUCCUCAAUGGUCUAUGCGGUGCCAUGGAACCCAUAUGUGGCCAGGCUCAUGGUGCCAAAAACUUCAGGCUUCUUCACAAGACCCUUCUCAUGACAAUUAUAUUGUUGCUGUUGGUAUCACUUCCCAUCACUCUCUUGUGGCUUAAUGUUGACAAAAUUUUGAUUCAUUUUGGGCAGCAGCAAGACAUCUCCAUCGUGGCAAGGCGCUAUGUUUCGUCUCUCAUACCCGACUUAUUUGUUGCCUCGAUCUUCUGUCCCUUAAAAGCCUAUUUGAGCUCUCAGAGCAUAACUCUUCCGACCAUGUUUAGUUCGGCUGUGGCACUGGCUUUCCACAUACCCGUUAACAUAGUUCUCUCGAAGAGGAUGGGCCUCACAGGAGUUUCCAUGGCGGUUUGGAUAACUGAUCUUAUUCUUGUUGUUCUGCUAGCCAUUUAUGUGCUAAUUCUUGAGAACAAAAAGGGAAGCAUGUGGAAGGAAGGAGGGUGGUGGGAUCAGAGCAUUGAGGAUUGGAUUAGGUUAGUUAAGCUUUGUGGAUCAUGCUGCCUCAACACAUGCCUUGAGUGGUGGUGCUAUGAGAUCCUAGUUUUGCUUACCGGCCACCUCACAAAUGCUAAGCAAGCAGUGGGAGUUUUGGCCAUUGUGCUAAACUUCGACUACUUGCUUUUCUCGGUGAUGCUGUCACUGGCCACUUGUGUUUCCACUCGUGUCUCAAAUGAGCUUGGUUCGAACCAAGCUGGCCUUGCCUACCGAUCAGCGUACGUGUCUCUGGCAUUGGGCUUUAUCUGUGGUUGCAUAGGUAGUUUCUUGAUGGUGGCUGCCAGGGGAAUUUGGGGGCCACUGUUUAGUCAUGAUAGGGGAAUUAUAAAGGGAGUAAAGAAGACGAUGUUGCUGAUGGCUCUGGUGGAAGUGUUUAAUUUUCCUUUGGCAGUUUGUGGAGGCAUAGUUCGAGGGACAGCACGACCCUGGUUGGGCAUGUACGCGAAUCUAGGUGGAUUUUAUUUCCUGGCCCUGCCACUUGGCAUUGUUUUUGCCUUCAAGCUCCAUCUUGGCCUUGUUGGACUCUUCAUUGGACUCGUAACCGGUAUAGUGACCUGCUUGACGUUGUUACUGGUAUUCAUUGCGCGGUUAAACUGGGCGGAAGAAGCUUCCAAGGCACAAACACUAACAGGCAACGAGCAGGUUGAGGAACUUCCGAAAUAUGGAGAACGAAUUGACGCCCGUGAAAAAGAUUAG